CACGGUGUUCCUACAAAAUGUUGAAGAUCUUUGGAUGGUUAAAAGUGCUUUGAUGUUGCAUGAAGUGGAGGGAAGCAAUGAGUGGAGAAUCAAAUACCGUAAACAAAAUGACAAGCACUACAGAAAAGAAGCAGGGAAAUUCAGAGUCAGACUCAGGGAGCCCACAGAAGACAAAAACCAGUAAACCUGAACAAGAAAAUAAAAAAUCGAGUUCUUCAAGUGAGGAAAGUAAAUCUAGCAAGAGGAAGACUGCAGAAGGUGGGAAGGGGGAAGACGAUGGCUCUGAAUCUGCAUCUGGUUCAGAUAAAGAUAAAGCUAGUAAAGCUCAAGAAGGAAAGAAAGAUAAAGAUGUUUCAUCUGGUGAAAGCAGUAGCAGCAGCAGUAGCAGCAGCAGCAGUAGUAGCAGCAGCAGCAGCAGUAGCAGCAGCAGUACCAGUAGCAGUGGCAAAAGGUCUUCCAGAAUCAAAAAGAGAAUUGAACCUGAGCCAGCUCGAGCAACAGCAAGAAUUAGAAAGAAAAUUAUUAGGGUACGAGAGACAAGAAAGAGAGGUGAUUCUUCAUCAAGUGAUAGUAGUAGCAGUAGCAGAAGUUCAUCAGAGAGUAGUUCUGGGUCUUCAAGUGAUUCAAGUGAUUCUCGUACUUCGACAUCAGGUACUUCUUCAAGAUCAAGUUCAUCUUCAAGUAGUUCCAGUUCAUCAUCGAGCUCCGAUUCAAGAGUGCAAGUGAAGCGCAAAAAUCGGAGUGCCCCUCGCAAUGUUGAGGCUGUGCGGAAGAUGAAAGAGAGACUGAAAAUGAGACAGAAGACAAAAGAAAAUGUAAAGGAGAGAGUCAAAGUGAGACAAAGGGAAGACAGGAGAAAGCCUCAACCAAAGAUGAGAACUGUUGUUCGUUCAAGGUCACCAGGAAGACGUAAACGUAGAGAGCGCUCACCUACUCCAAAACCUACGAAGCUGCAUAUUGGUCGACUUACAAGAAAUGUGACAAGGGAGCAUAUCUAUGAAAUAUUUCAGGCGUUUGGAAAUGUAAAAAGUGUGGAAUUUCCAAUGGAUAGACUGCACCCCGGGUGUGGUAGGGGGUUUGCAUAUGUUGAAUAUGCAACACCUGCUGAGGCUGAAAGUGCAAUGAAGCAUAUGGUUGGUGGUCAGAUAGAUGGGCAGGAGAUCACUGCUGCUCUGGUGCUGAUGCCACCCAAACCAAGACCACCUCCACCUCGUCGCAGUCCUCCUCCCCGCAGACCUGUGCAUCGUUGGCCUCGUACACCACCAAGGUAUCGGCGUCGUUCACCUCCACCACCGCCACGCCGGAGAAGUCCACCUCGUCGGCGACCUUACCGCUCCAGAUCUCGUUCUCGAACACCUAUUCGUCGCAGGCGGUACAGUUAUUCAAGCUCCAGUAGUUCACACUGAUUUUGUUUGUAAAGAAACUCUUGGUGUACAUAAUGUGUUACAUGUGUAGAUUGUUGGGACACUUUCAGUAUUUAGGAGAAAAAAUAAUGCUAUCAAGGAGAUGCUUUUGCCAAAAACUGGGAAUGACAGGAAACAGGCCAAAACAUAAUUGCCAAAUUGAUUAUUGCAUGAAACUGAAGCAAUGACAGGAGGCUAAAAAGCUUAUUCUGGUGGAAACCAAUUUGUGGGUGCAAAUGAUUUUUAGAGCAAUAGAAAUUAGUGUUGGUAGUAAAAUUCGGAAAGCAUUUAAAGGUUAGGAGAUUCUAUCAUUGGGAGGAAGAGUAAGUUUAAAAAUGCAUGGUUAACUUAUCAGGUAAUGAUCUUGUGUUGGUAACUACCGUAUUUACUCGAAUCUAAGCCGCACUUUUUUUCCAGUUUCUGUAAUCCAAAAAACCGCCUGCAGCUUAGAAUCGAGUGCAAAGUAAGUGGAAGUUCUGAAAAAUGUUGAUAGGUGCCGCCACAACUAACUUCUGCCUUCGAAUAUGUGUAGCGCUACACGGGCAUGCUUUGCAGGCACAAAGAUAAAUACUGGCGCCAAAACCUCUGCAUCAGUAAAAAAAUUAAAAAAAAAGGUGGAAGACGAGCUUUUUUCUCCGCCCCGAGUUUCGAAUCACUGCAUUUUCGUACAUUAUCCGACGAAGUAAAUACAAAUUCCGUAUUGUUCAUCUUCGAAUGUAGCAGCAUUUCAAUGUACUACGAAAAUCCGACUGGCAAGACUGUUAGGGAUGUUUGUCAAUAUGGCCAACUCUACGUUCUGAAUUUUUUCCUACCUGUCAGAAGAGAUGGUUGCUAAUAGGAACUUUCAUGAAUUGUGAAUCACACGCAGUAUUUUCUUCACCAUAAGAAUAAUACGAAUAUAAACAUUUUGCCAUGCAUUCUUUCGUAUUUGCUGCUAUCGCAUUUAAAUCCUGUCUGCCUAAUAAACUACGAAACUAGAGUGAGACAACAACAAACGCGGAAGAAUAUACAUAUCAUGUAAUGUUUAUAUUCAUAUUAUUCUUAUGCCUAAUAGUGAUACAGUCAGAAUUGAAGCACGGCAAUUGACUAGAUUUUUAAAGUUAAGAUGACUAAUUUCUGUGCAGAAUAUAAUGUACUAAAGAGGCGUCUGCAAAGAUUUUCAAACGGAGAAAAAUUUUCGCUAAACUCUCGUUCAGAACAUCUUCUAUGAUACGCAGCCUAUUAUUUGGUUCUUAUUAAUCAUUACCAAAGAAAGCAGCAGUGUAAGUAACAACAAAUAGCAGUCUCUUGCCAUUGUUUCGAUAAUGAGACGAUUCAUCUCUUUUUUUUUUUUUUUUUUAAUUGUAAG